AUGUCUCCCAAACCUCCCGACGAGAAAGCAUCGCCGGACGCUGCGCCAGCGGCGGCUGCAGCAACCACGAAACCCUCCACUCCCGCCACCAAAGAAAGCAAUGCGCCGCCCACGACUCCCAAGACCGCCCCUGCCCGCCCCCGCGCAGCAACCAUGAAGAAACCACCAGAACCCCCGACUCUGCUCGCCGACUUCCUCAGAGGACGCCCCUCUCCACAGCGCGUCGCCGCCGAGCGCAAGCGAAGAAUGAGUCUGGAUGCUGUCAAGGCCGAGCUGAGAGCCGAAAUGCGGCAGGCUGCCGUCGCAAAAGUACAACAGCCCGGCGGCGUCAGGGAGCGCGUGAACAAAUGGCAAAAAACGAACGCCGCAGCCAUGGCCUCGGCUGAUCCCCUGGCACCCCCCAGCGAGCCUACCGAGCUGGCCUUCCCGGGUGACACGGAGAGCGUCACCGAAGAGGACCGCGUUCGCAUCAAGUUGCGGCAGAAGCGAAUGUCGGCACCGAAAAUGUCGACCCCAAAGAUCGAAGUACACAAUGACGGCCCGCCCGACGAAAAGGACGAGACCGUCGAGGACCUCCCCGGCGGAGACGCCAAGCUGGCACCCAAGAAGCGAGUCGUUAGCGACGACCAUUGGAUGGCGCAGAAGAGAAAGAAGAGCCCCACGAGAGCGAAAUCGCCGAGAACCAAAGACGCCAGCCCAAGUCCCACCCCAAGCCCUUUGCCAAAGGGGUUUGUGCAAAAGACACCCAUCCAAGCACCCAUCUCCAAAAAGAUCCAGGACUGGGUAGCAAAGGUGGAAAUGCCAGAUCCCCCACCGGUCAAGCAACACCGGGCUGCAAAGUCAACAGACUCGCUCGACGGCAGCAGGAUACAGGCAAGACUCAAGGAGCUUCAAGAGAGACAAGCUACGUUGCCAAAGAAGGCGAUGGACGACGACGGCAUCAGAGUUACGCCGAUACGAACGAAGAAGCUCGAUGAUGACGGAAUCCGCGUCAGGCCAUUAAAGACACCAGCAUCGGAAGGGUCUGGCGUCAAGACACCGAGGCCGCAAAGCACAGGCGCCAAAUCCCGCGAGCGUAGUCGCGGGGGCAGCGCGAGGCACGAGUCGGCGGACGAGAUUGUGGUGGUUGAAGAGGACGAGACCGCCAUCGAGGUCACAGAAGAUGCCGAGUCUAGUGUGCCGGCAACACCAACGCGGAAACCGUCAAAGGCUCGCAAAGUGAGCCACAAGAAGAAGGCGCCUCCACCGUCAGACGACAAAUCCUGGGUCAGCACCUCGGAAUCAGCAGUCAAGACAGGGCUGGACAACUCGGAUCUUGCCCCAAGCUCGCUGACCAGCGCCCCGGGUGCGAAGCCCCUGGCAGACAUCCCCGUGGGAUUCUCUGCUUUCAGUGAGCUAGAUUUGCCUCUCAAUAAGACGAGGCAAAAGGCACAGCGCAAUCCCAGCUUCAAGGCUGCCGAUGUACUCAAGAAGGUGGUCACCGGCGGCAAGAAGAUCCUGCACGAUGCCGUUGAGCCUCCAAGGCAGCCAGUCGCCAACCAGCCUCCCAGUAUUGAGAAAUGGCUCAACGGGACGGUCGAUCCCUUCGUUGACGAGCCGGCGAAGAAGGAGGAGUCGCCCGCGCAGGCCCCCAAGAGGAAAGCGUCCGAGAGCAAGCCCGUCGAUAAGACAAAGACGCAAGAUACCCGUAGACGAUCAUCGGCCGAACCCCGUCAGCGAAAGCCUUCCCUUCCGACUCAGACUGAGCUUUCGGAAUCCACUGGGCUCACCGAGUCCACCCAGACAACACAAACAACUGACAUGACUCAGACUACACAAUCAACGGAUUGGACAGAGUCAACCCUAUCUUCGACUGACCUGAGCGCGUCAACCGAGAACGACGAAAAUGUGGCACCUAGGAAUGUCGAAGAAAAGCCCAAGGAAAAGCCAAAGACACCAACUUCUGCUGGCGCCGCUGGCCUUCGUCGGAGAGCAGCUACGAGGAGCUCGCCGUCCCCGGCGAAGUCAGUCAAGAAGCCGUUCCGCGAGAUCCUCAAGGAGGCCUUCAGGGGAGAGUCCACUGGCCACCAGACUCCGCCUUCCAAGUACAUUAGCGAAGAAGAGCGGAAGCUGGAGCUGGAUCAGGAGUAUGAUAGUCCCGGAGAAGAUGACGAAUCCAGGCGAACCAUGCGCCGCCGCUCUUCUGGAUCUAGCCGGACCUACUCCGAUCGAACAUUUACUGACGAUUGGACGUACGAUGAUGAGUCCUCGGUGGCACCCCGCCGGAAGCCGCCAACGAACGGCGUACACGAGUUGUCCACGAUUCUCGGGUCUGCCGACACUCAUAGCACCUAUGAUUCGGACAUGACAUCGGUAUUGUCCGAAACCACCAUCACGCAGACUACGGGGCUUACAAGAAGCAACGUUUCGCGGCGGCGGAGCAAUAAAUCGGGUCUCAAAAGAAGGCUGACUAAACACUCUGAUCUCGUGUCAGUUCUGUCUUUGCCAGAUGAAAGCCAGGUGCCAGGUAGCCUCCGGAGCAUCAAACCUAGGGCGAGUGUAAGAAAGGCUGCCAGCGUACGAAGAGCCAAUGCUCGUCCAGACACGGUUACAACAAAGGACCUCAUGAAGGAGUUCACAGAUGACGAGAACUUGUACCAGCGGGAGCUCAAGACGCUGGUCGACGGCGUUGUCCCCGUCCUACUCUCCACCGUCCUUCACGAGGGCUCAGCCAGUGCCGUCGAUCUCUUUGGCCCCGAGUCCCCUGGCCGUAAGGCAAACAGCAUGUCGAAAUCUGUCGUCAACAUGGGAGUUGCACUGGAAAAACUAAAGACCGCCCAUAAGAGGGCAUCUCAUACGGAUAUCGAUCGGCUCAUUUCCUGGCUGCACACCGCCUCUCCCAUAUACGAUAGCUACCUGGACGCGUGGCGCCUUGGAUUCCAAGAUCUCGUCGUCAACCUGGCUCCUGCUGCCGAUCGCCUCGACGACGAGGAUUCCCUCAUCGGUGCACUCCCGCGCAACGCCGAAGGCGACGUCGUUAACGAAGACGGAGAGAGAGUCGACGUUGCGCAUUUGUUGAAACGGCCCUUGCUUCGCAUCCGGACUCUUGCAAAGCUCACCAAGGUACGAUUUCCCACUGCAUUGAAACGAGCUUCACUAACCGUAAAUCAGGGCCUUCAUGCCGCUGUCGGCUCGUAUGAUACACUUGCGCUGGUUGGCGACUACGACAUGUUGCAAGAGAAAGCCAAGCGUCGCCACAGGGAAGAGUCUGCGCGGCUGGCUGACGAGGACGCCAUUAACACCGACACGAGCAGAAUCCGUAAUCUGCGGACACUCGCACCGAUGGAAGCCGUCAAAAUCGACCCCAAGCGGCAGGUCAGCGCAAAGGACCUUUUCUCCCUCAGCCUCGCACAUUCCAAUGGACAACGCCUCGAGUGCCAGGUCGAACUCAUCCACCGCGACCUUCCUGGCGCGAACAACGACAAGGGCGACUUGCUCAUCCGUGAGACUGGCAGCGGCCGCCGUACAUGGCUUCUCUUCCCUCCCAUGCCCAUGACUGUGAUCUCAGCCCGCCGCGGUGACGCAAAAUUCGAGCUCGUUCUCAUGGUGUCGGGCUCCCACAACGGACGGCACUGGUACGAGCUGCUGAGCCUCGUCACAGACAACAAUGACCAAGUGGAAGACUGGCUUGACAUUGUUGGCACGUCGCCCAUGCCACCAAAGGAGCGGCUGCCGGUUGUCACUGAAGAGAGCCUCCCCGACUCGCCGCAGCACCGUACCGAUAUCCCUGUGGGCGGCAAGUUGCACGGAUCAUCAUCGAGAGACUUGUCGUCUCCAGAGCCAUACGCGCCCAAGCGAUCGGUUUCUAGUCGCUACCACAACCGCGGCUCAAGCAUGCCGACCACUCCCAUCCGCCGCAGCCCCUCUCCAGACAGAACCCCUACACAAGACUCGUACGAUGAGGAGGACAGACACAGAGCUGCGCCAAAUACGACACCCUACCGCGCGGACGGCGCUCCUCCUCCUCCCAUUCACCGCUCUUUGAGCCCUAAGCCCCCCAAGCUGUCGCCACCUGUCGACCUUGGCGGCUCUCGUGUGAAGCGUCGGGGAUCCUCACCUCUGAAGCACGAAUAUCUGCCUUCUGAAGAAUCAUCCGAUACGACUCGGUCCGUCACAGAGACCGACCUCUCAGAAAGCGAGACAGAGACAGAAUCCGACUACACGUCAUCCGAGUCCGAAGAUGACUUUGACGAUGACAUCCCCGAGACUGAGGUUGGCUUCAGCAUUAGAGAGCCCGAGCACCAGCCGCGCGAAGAACGGGAGCGAGAGAGAGAGGAGUUUGUCGACUCCUUCAAGCAAGAGUCCAUGAUCUCGCAGUCAUUCGUUCAAGAGUCCAUGGUGUCUGAGUCGGUGUGCAGCCUGACGCCGUCCAACUCGGCGUCGCAAGCCGGUCUUCAUGGCCGCAAAAUGAGUGCCUCGGAGAGCUACACCAAAUAUAUUGCUUCCAUCUCGUACUGGAACGAGAAGAAGGGCCAGUGGAAGGACAUUUCCCUGGAGCCCUGCUCCAUUCAGGUGACGGCCGGUGUCAUUGAGGGCUACUCUCUAGUCAUGAGCCUCGGAGGAGAGCCCGACAUCCCUCUUGUUUCUCUCGAGCUUACGCCCCUCGUCCUCCUCCGCCAGUCUACCGUUGUCGACCUUGAAAUCCGCUCAGCCGUCAAGGACAAUUGCAAGAACAAGGAUAUUGGUGGGGGCAACUUCCGUUUCCGCUGCCCAUCGGCUACGGAAUGCUACAAUCUAUACAUGGCCGUUCACCAUGCCCGCCUCAACAACCAAAAGUUUAUUCAGCUCGAGAACGAGGCACGCUAUCAGUCCUUCGGCCAGAGACCCUCGGAAGAUACCGAGGACAACAGCAGUCGUCGUCGCAGCUGGUUCGGACGCAAGAACAGCUACCGCGCAUCGACCCGCGCUCCAUCCCAAUCGCAAGAUGGGAGCACCCCCUCGUCGAGUCUGUCUGCCACGAGCUUCCUCAAGAGACUCACGCAAGGCAACGCUUUCAACAUUGCUCGCUCGUCCAUCGACAAGCAGGGCCAUUCCUCCAAUAACAACAGCCUCUACGGAUCCGGCUCGUCUUCCGAUGGCUACCCCCGCUCACCAUCCAUCAGCAUGUACUCCAACUCCAUCCGCAGUCCUCUGUCAUCCGACAAUAUCAAGAUUCGCCUACACCUGCUUGUCAGCUCCAACAAGUGGGAGGACUACGGCAACUGCAUCAUCCAGAUUCGCCGCCCGCCGCCGGGCUGGCACCAAGACCUACGCGCAAACCACGGCCUCGAAAAGCGCGUCACGGUUACAACUAUGCCCAAGAAAUCAGACAAGGCGCGCAUCAUUCUCGAUGCCGUGCUGGGCAGCGGCUGCUUCACUCCUAUGGGCAGUCGAGGCAUCAUCUGCGGUAUCUGGGAGGAGAUCCGCGAUGAGAGAGGCGAGAUUGGCGUGGCGCCCAAGACGGGUGGCGCCGCCGGCUCGGUCAAAAAGUGGUGUUUCCAGUGUUCCAGCGCCUCGGAGGCCUCGUGGGUGUUGAGGCUCGUCCACCAGGAGGUCGGCGUGGAACUUCGGGACUAA